AUGACUUGGCGACUUGGGGGUCUUGGAAUUUGUGGUAUCAAUACACCAAGCAUACAAACCCACUUUGGGCAGCAGCCAGAUGAAUUGGUAAAUAGUUAUAUGACCACAAUUGUCAUUUUGCUUUGUAUUGAUGGUACACAGUCAGUCGCUGGAUGUGCAACGGGAAAGGUCGAGCCUUUGACCAAGUCUCUUAAUUUUGUCAGAAACUACCAGUGGGAAUUCCAUUUCCCGACUGAACUCUAUUUCACUUGGCAUUACUUCGCCUCUCUUGGCCACUUAAAAGUAUCAAAACAUACACAUGCAGCAGCAGCAACCCGGCUGAGCCUUCUCAUGUAUGGUUUACCAUGCAAUAUCUACGAAGAUCUCUGCCAAGAAUCCCAUAUCUGCGGCUCUCCAGGUGCUGAUACACUAAAGUUCUUACCCUGA